CCGGCUGCAGGUGGAGGAAGGAAGGUGACAGUCGGAGGAGAUGCCAUGGAGGGCCUGAACGCCUCCGCCGAGUGUCCGUGCGAGCGGCCCUUCUGCCCGCCGCAGCACCUCCACUGCAGACACCUGCUGCACCUCUGCACGGCGGCCUUCAACUGCCCCAACGACACGCAGCACGUCCUCGCCAGCCCUACCGUGGCCGCCGAUAGACCCAACUGGUACUUUCUGGCGUUCGCGGUGACCCUGAUGGCGACCGGGGCUGUGGGCAAUGUGCUGGUGUGUCUGGCCGUGUGUCUCGACAGAGCGCUGCAGAAUUCGACCAACUACUUUCUGCUGUCGCUGGCCGUCGCCGACCUGAUCGUCUCCCUGUGCGUGAUGCCCCUCGGAGCCAUUCCCGGAUUCUUAGGGUACUGGCCGCUGGGGGUGGCGUGGUGCAGCGUCUAUGUGACGAGCGACGUCCUCGCCUGUUCGGCCUCCAUCCUGCACAUGUGCGUCAUCAGUCUGGGCCGCUACCUCGGGAUUCGCAGCCCUCUCAGGGCCAGACACCGAAAGUCCAAGCGCUACCUUGCCAAAAAGGUGGCGUGUGUGUGGCUGGUGGCCGCACUGAUCUCGAGUUCGAUCACCGUUCUGGGAGCGCAGGACGCGACCAACAUCAUGCCGGACGCGGGCACCUGCGCCAUCAACAACAAGGCCUUCUCGCUGUUCGGCUCGAUCGCCGCCUUCUACGCACCCAUGGUCCUCAUGGUGGGCAGUUACGCGGCCACGCUGCACCUGCUGAGGCGCAAGGCGCGCUUCGGGGCCGCCGCGCGAGCCCAGCGCCUGCUACAGCAGGGCCGGCUCCAGGGGCAGGCCCCCGGGACCCCCGCCGCCCCCAACGGUGGCCUCCGACACGCAGCCAGGCAGCAGACGGUCAAUGGGGGCCGCGAAACCAGGAGUCUGAGGAUUCGCACGCCCAUUCUGCCCUCGCAAUUAAGACUGUCUGAGCACAAAGCGUCGACCGUGCUGGGUCUUGUGUUCGCCUCGUUCGUGCUCUGCUGGGCGCCAUUUUUCGUCCUCAACGUGUUGGAGGCCGCGUGUCCGACGUGCGCCUCCCCGAGUCCGGCUCUGCCCACCUUUUGUCUUUGGCUCGGCUACUUCUCCUCGUGCAUCAACCCAAUCAUCUACACCGUAUUCAACAGGUCGUUCCGCGCCGCUCUCUUGCGUCUCCUGCGGUGCCGCGGCGCACCCCCGCCAGCAGCCAGUUUUUCUUCCAGAUUCCGUUCUGUGACCGAGUGCAGGACGAUCGCGGGCGCCAGUUCCCUUUCUGGGCCGCCUUCAGGGGAAGUGCGGCUGCACCCGGUGCGGACGGCCUCCAGCUACCCUGCCACCUUCGACAUUCUGCCCUGAAAGGCCCUUCUUUGCAUUUGAGCUCUACAACGAAUCAAACGACUCGGCUGGUUUCAAGAGACUCUCCUGACAGUGGACGGGAACCGUGUUUUUGCGGCAGAUUCCAACCGAGCAAAAACGGCAGAGAGCUUUUUGUUUGUAAAUCACACGAAAGUAGUGCGUUUUCGAAACCGCGGACUUGCAGCAAAUGUGUGUCAUGUUAAUUUAUUAUUUUUUCUCUCUCUCGAUUAAAUGCGGUUCGAAUCGCCAAGAUAAACCGACGGCGAGUUGGCACGCGAAAGUAAUAAACCACUUGUCGUAGUAAACCUUGUCGGCAACGACAUCUGGCUUCAACUCGCUGGUUGCGCAGGUACCCGCCAGAGGACUUUUCCAGCCUGGGAAAGCCAAGACACGGUGGGAGAAAGAAAAGCCCAACUUGAAUUUAUACAUAUAACGCUUGCGUGUUUGCUUGUUAAUCUUGUAAUUCUCCGUGUGAAAAUGGACAUAAGUGUUAGUUGUGCUGUUAAGGAGAUUUGUUGUCUUCCUGAACAUAAGCGUGUACAUAAAAUAUUAUUUGCGAGCUUCCAAGUCCACUCUUACAAUUAAAUUAGAAUUUCUCCGUUCAAGUUUUAAAAAAAGCGCAACUAAAAAUUGUUAUACUUGAUUCCAGAAAGUUAAGUGCAUUUACUUCAUGAACUGAUCCUUUCAAUAAAAUAAAUAAU